AUGUAUAAGCUGGUCUCCUGCUGUUUGCUUUUCAUAGGAUGCUUAAAUCCGCUCCUGUCUCUUCCUGUCCUUGACUCCAGGCAAGAGUCCCUGCAGCUCUUAGCACCUGAAGACGUCAGAUCAACUCUGGAUGAGCUGGAAAGAGCGUCUCUUCUGCAGAUGCUGCCAGAGAUGUCAGGCGCAGAGACAGGAGAGGGUCUUAGGAACGCAGAUCCCAUUACCAACAUUUUUCACCCAAGGGGAAACAUGAGAAAAUUUCAGGCUUUCUCUGGGCAAGAUCCUAAGCUUUUCCUGAGUGACCUUUUGUCCAGAAUCAGGAAGCAAUCUAAGAAACGUGGACCUUCCUCUGAAUGCUUCUGGAAAUACUGUGUCUGA